CCGAAACCUAGAGGGCGUUCACCAUGACGAUGAGGGAGGCCAUGGAUGUGGAUUCAGUCGAAACCUCGUAUACUCCCGUCCGCUAUAAGAAACAAAGUGGGUCGCUACAGUUGUCGACGUCCAGUUUGACGUUUCUCGGCGAGGGCUCCUCGAAAGUAGUAAAAUGGAUGCACAUUGCGAAACAUCAAGUCAGCCCGGCAUCGUAUCCGAAGCCUUUACUAAAAAUUGUCUUGUCUUCGGGAACCAAUUUGACUUUUCAAUUACCGGAUCGGAGCGCGCUGGAUCAGAUUCGCUUGGACGUGACGCGGCGUCUCCAGUUUCGGUCGUCUUUGUCGUCGUCGUCGCCUGCGGGCGGCAGCCGCAAGCGCCCACUGACCGACCUGUCGCAGACGUCCACCUUUGGAGAUUUGGAUCCCACCGCACUCGCUGUGACUCGAUCCGCGCUGUUGGCGGCGCAUCCCAGUCUACGACAACAGCACCAGCAACUCGUGCAAGAAUCCGAAACUCUGUCGGAAGAAGACUUUUGGCUCACCCACAAGGACUUGUUGGAAGAAGAAUACGCACGAAUCUCAGGGCUCGCUAAAGCCGGCACUUCCAGUUUACUACAAUCUCACCUGCCUACCGCUGGCAAGGUGACGCUGGGGGUGGAAGAAAUGCGGCAGAUUUUUAUUCUCUAUCCCGCCGUCCACAAGGCGUACGAAGAAAAGGUACCCUUGGAGCUAUCCGACGAACAAUUCUGGCGCAAGUAUCUGGAAUCGGAAUACUUUCAUCGGGAUCGAGGACGCAUGGGAACGGCUGCGCAGAAUCACUCGGCUAUCGAAACCAAAACUGCGAAAAGUAAGGAUGGCGUCAAGGGACUGUCUAUGGAACAACAAGAUGCGCGGGCUGCGGCGGUUGGAACCGACGAUUUAUUUAGUCGAUAUGAUCAAAAGCUAUCGCAAGAGAAUGGAGAAAAUCACGAAACUUCUCACCGUCGAUGGGGUCGCCAAUUGGCUGUUGGCCAGUUCGAUUUGGCGUCUACAUUUGAAACGGAACGCGGUAAGGUCUUGGAACAAGCCAACCGGGACAAUCACCCACCCAAUAUUGCCGACGACGGCAGAGGUACACGAGUCAUUCAAAAGUACAACCGUCACUGGGCCAUGGUGCUGCAUCCGGAGGACGCCAUAGCCGGAUCAGACUUGAUGCAAGUAGCACGGAAAAGCGUGCGGGAUGUGUUACCUGGUGACGACGACGCAGCAGCCGGAGGAGGUUUUGAUCAGGAAACACGUCGACUCGUAAAGUACGCGGAAGCAUCGACGGAAGCGGCGAAUCAUGCGUCUUGUCUCGGGGAAGACGAAGGCGCAUAUGAGCCUCUGACACUGUCGAAUGUGGAGGCAUACUACUCGGGUCAAUUGAGAAACGGACACACAGCGGAAAACGACGAGGAGGCGACAAAGCGACACAUAGUGUUAGCACGCAUGGUGUCUCAAAAGGUCGGUAAGCUAGUUGAUUCACUGGAAAAGAAUUUUGAUUUACCUGAAUCAUGCUUUCCGCCACCUUCGCUUGGUCGGGAAUUGUUGUCGGCUUUGACGAGAAAGAUGGCGCAGGAUUCUCGGACCGAGGCUGCUUCCCUCGAAAUGGUAAACAAGCUCCCGGAAGACUUCCGGAAGCGUCUCCAUUCGCACUUUCGUCGGUCGUCGGAACUGCUACGACAUUUUUUUGGACUGCGGCGCAUGGAAGCGGCCAAUGCAGGGAACGGGCAGAAACUGUCGCGGAUUGUUUUGGCUAUGGAAAGCUUUUACCGCGAAAUGGAGUCAAUGCGACGAGAGCUUCCCCAGACGGAAACGGGCGAGAUGAUGCGAAAAAUGUGCCUCCCCAUUAUGGACCAAUUAGAUUGGGCAUUUAAGUUGCAUCGUGAAGGCAGCGGUGGGGGAGUUGGUGGCGGUUUCGUGGCGGUUGAGGAAAUUUGAGGCUUCGUCUCUCAGAGCUGUCCUACGCUUCAAAAUACCAACAAACAGUAGACUUAUUCUAUAAUGUGAAAUGACGAGCGAUUUC